AUGGUUAAUCCAAACAAAGCAAAUGAAUUUAAAGAGUUCAAUUAACUAAAAAAUGCAGCCAAGCAAAUCAAAAAUUAAAAGCAUGUAAAUUAUAUAUGCAUUAAUGAGAAAAAUUUGGAAUAAUAUUUUUUCCUUUUUAAAUAAGCUCCUAUUUUAAGCAAGGAAAGGAACAAAAAGAUCAUCAAAGAAUAUUUUUGUUUUAUGAUUUAUGAAAUACAACAAAACAGACCAGUAAUGAGCUCACUAAAAAUAUCAACUCUUGUGAAAGCUUUAGACAAUUAAUCAACAUCUUCAAAAGAAUAGUCAUAGUCAUGCGUUGCUUAUAGCAUAGCUGUAUAUAAAUUUAAUUAAAUUAAUAAAUUUGUUGGUGGGCGAAUGACAUAAGAUGUGAGUGGAUAGAGAAAUUUCCGAUUUGAGCAUUAUGGUGGUAACUUCUAUACUAGGAAGAUAGAAAAAAUAAUUAUAGGAAUGAUCGUAUUUUAUAAAAGGAGAGUAAAUCAGUAGACCCAAGCUAUAAAUAAGCAAAAAUAAAUUAAUACUCAAUAAAAAUGUAAAAGCAAUAUCUUGAGCAGUGUUUAUAUCUAGUAAUAGAGUUAAAAAUCUGUAGAUUGA